UUCAAACUCUCCAGCAUCCGUUCUGGCUCUGCAUUUGUUAUAAGAAGCCUUUUUGCUGUGGCAUCUCAUUCCUCGCAGUGAGAACUGGCAUCAGGCAGCUCGACCAAGUGCUUCGAGUCUUCAACGACAGGGCAGCAAAAUCUCCUCCUUGAUCUGUCGUCGCUUGUGUAUCGGCGGUUCAGAGAUCGUUGGAGAUGAGGAUGGAGGGGCUCAUCCCUUUCGUCUACGGCGCGAUCAAGAAGCGGAGGGCGACGAGAAGGACGAUGCACUACGACCUCGUCUCCUCCCCCGGCGCCUCUCCUCCCCAAACAACGCGGGGGCGGCCGGCGGAGCGGCGGCUCACCGGAGGCGGCGCCAGCUACUACCACAAUCAGAGCCAGAGCUGCCGCUUCGUCGUCCCGCGUUCGCUGGCCGACGAGCUCCAUCUCUUGCGCGACGACGAAGGACGGGACCCGGCGGAGGGUCUCCCGCCGGCCGCCGACGGGCGCGGGCUGUCCAGGUCUCGGAGGUUCAGUAGCAUGCGGGUGUUUGGACGCGUCAGUGGCGUGCCGGAAACUGUAAUUCUCUAGUUGUGCAGUAAACAAAGUACUGCCAUUUUUCUGUUGUUUUUUUUCUUAUUAUUAUUGUAACUGAAUCAAUACCAUUUUUUAUUUUACCAUUCUGCUAAUACCGGCCCAAAGAAUGCCUAGUUUUUUU